AUGGAAGCCUGUUGCACACGGGAUGGUUCGGCUAUGAUUUGGACACCUAGCCCAGAAGAAACGUGUCAGUUUGUUCCUGUUGGUAAGAUGCGAGGGACAGUAUCCCCCGAACCGCUAUAUGAUUGCGGCAAGCCGCUCAUCGUCACGGACCAGGGGUACGCAAUUUCGACCGUGCGUCGAUCAGCACGUUCCGCCUCUUCCGGAAGUCGGUAUAGUAACAUCAAACCAAUUGUCAGCCCACUUUUGGCUGUUGAAGGGUCUACAAAAUGCCGACCAGUGAUACGGCGACUGAUGCUUCGUGGAAUGACAACAAGCCAAGGGAGUUACACGGCAUUCAACUGGUCUACCACGACGUCAGGCGGCGGAUUGGAACCGGAUCUCUUCCACCUUGUUGCACCUGGACCAUAUCUUGGACGAUUCCCAUUUCUUCCACCGAAUCUCGCUUCCAUUACAGCUCAAUAA